AUGACCACCUCACCAUACCCGUUGUCGUCACCACUAACCCAAACCCAGCCCGUGAUCGUGGUUGGAUCCGGACUGGCCGGGUUAUCAGCAGCGACGCAACUCAUCUCGCAUCAAGUCCCUGUGAUAAUGCUCGACCGGGCCGAGAAGCCCGGCGGGAAUAGUAUCAAAGCUUCGUCGGGGAUAAACGGCGCACCGACGAAGUUCCAGCCUGCGGAUGCCGAUGACUCCCAGCAGCUUUUUCUCGCCGACACAGUCAGAUCGGCGGGAGAGGUCUUCGCGAAUUCCCCCGCUGAGGAGCAUAAACGGCGGGAAUCGCUUAUUGCCACCCUCACUGCUUCGUCUGCUGAGGCGGUUUACUGGCUCUCGGAUGAGAAAGGCGUCGACCUGAGCAAGGUGUGCCGGUUGGGGGGCCAUAGUCGCCCGCGGACUCAUCGUGGGGCGGGGCAGCGACCGCCGGGCAUUUCGAUCGUCAGUGCGCUUUUGGAUUCUUUGAAGGCGAGUUCGCUGUUCCAGCUGCGGUCGGGGGCUAGAGUGACGAAGGUGUUGCGCGAGGCGGAUGAGGUCUUGGGGGUUCAGUAUACAGGUGGUGAGAAGACUGAAUCGAAGGAUGAUACGGCGACUACGCUUAAUGGGCCGGUGGUGUUCGCGAGCGGUGGAUUUGCAGGCGAUGCGCAUGGACUGCUGGCCAAGUAUCGGCCGGAUUUGGCUGGGAUACCGUCGACGAACCAGGCGCUAGAGGGAGCACAGCCGCUCCUGGAGCAUAUCGGCGCUGGGUUAGUGGAUAUGGAGCAGGUUCAAAUCCAUCCGACUGGAUUUGUGGAUGAGAAGGAACCCUCGGCGUCUGUUAAGAUUCUUGCGGCAGAGGCGCUCCGUGGAGAGGGUGGAAUUCUCCUUUCGGAGGAUGGGAAGAGAUUCGUGAACGAGUUGGACACCCGCGAGCACAUCACGAAUGUUAUCAUGCGCUCAGCAAAACCAUUGGAGACGGACGCGCGUCAAUGGGAUGUGAACCUUCUCUUGGAUGAAGGAACCGCUGCCGCCUUGGGGUCGCAUAUGGGAUUCUAUCUGUGGAAAGGGCUGAUGCGCAAAACAACCGUGCACGAGCUUGGCUCGUCGAUGCUCGAAACGAUCAAGACAUAUGCGGAUAUUGUCUCAGGGAAACAAUCAGAUGGGUUCGGCCGCACAGCUUUCGGGAACUGGACUCUGAAGGACGUGACACCGGAUUCGGUGGUCUAUAUUGGAAAGGUCACCCCGGUCACCCACUUUACGAUGGGAGGAGCUACGAUUGAUGAGCGCAGUCAGGUGUUGGAUAAGGAUGGAGCUCCCAUCAAGGGUCUCUGGGCUGCAGGCGAGGUAACCGGUGGCCUACACGGUCAGAAUCGCUUGGGAGGGUCGUCGCUUUUGGAGUGUGUUGUCUUCGGAAGGAUAGCGGGCAAUGAAGCAGCGGCCUUCCAUAAGACACACUACACUUCCUGA